AGGAACGUUUAGAAGCGGAACGUUUUAAGGGGAACACUUUAUUAGUAGGACACAUAAACAAACAUGGCGGACAGACCGGAGAAUGCACCAGAACACUGUCCGGGGACUGCCAGUGAAGACGCAGGAAAGGCUGCAUCAUGUCAGGGUUGUCCCAACCAGAAGCUGUGUGCCUCUGGGGCCACUAAAAGCCCUGACCCUGCCAUCGCAGAAAUCGGAGAGAAGCUCUCGAGUGUCAAACAUAAGAUCCUGGUGUUGUCUGGGAAGGGAGGUGUGGGGAAGAGUACCUUCAGUGCUCAGCUGGCACACGCCCUGGCAAGUGAUGGCACCAAGGAGGUAGCGCUGCUGGAUGUGGAUAUCUGUGGGCCGUCCAUUCCCAGGAUCAUGGGUUUAGAGGGCGAACAGGUUCAUCAGAGCGGGUCUGGCUGGUCUCCUGUGUAUGUGGAGGACAACUUAGCAGUCAUGUCCAUCGGCUUCCUGCUCAGCAGCCCUGAUGACGCUGUGAUCUGGAGGGGUCCAAAGAAGAACGGGAUGAUCAAACAGUUUUUACGGGAUGUAGAUUGGGGGGAGCUGGAUUACCUGGUCGUCGACACUCCCCCUGGCACCUCCGAUGAACACCUGUCAAUCGUCCAGUACCUCAGCUCCACCCAUGUUGAUGGAGCAGUCAUCAUCACAACACCACAGGAGGUGUCGUUGCAAGAUGUUCGGAAGGAGAUCAGGUUCUGUCAGAAGGUCAAGCUGCCCAUCAUCGGAGUGGUGGAGAACAUGAGCGGCUUUGUCUGCCCUAAAUGCAAGAACACGUCGCAGAUCUUCCCUCCCACCAGUGGCGGCGCUGAGAAAAUGUGCGCGGAUCUCAACUUGCCUCUGCUGGGAAAGCUUCCUCUGGACCCGAGGAUCGCUCGGAGUUGCGACGAGGGACGGCCUUUCCUACGGGAAGUCCCCGAUUCUCCAGCUUCUGAGGCCUACCGUGCCAUCGUGCAGAAUAUCCAGACCUACUGCUUCAACAAACAGACAGAGCAGAGCACAACCUGAUUCACACGGAUCCAGAGGGAGCAAAGAGCUGCCUGUGGCGUUGAUGUGCCAGCAGAAACAUGUCUGGACCGAUCUCCAGAGAUUAAAGAAUGACAUCAGGUAGCAGAGUUGAUCUGAGAUCACUGUUCUUGUUGGGGAGUAUGCAACCGCAAAAGCAUUCUGUCAACUGCAUGUCUGUAUCACUAUAAUCAUUGUAUUGAAACAAUGAAUGAAAAUCAAUC